AUGGAGGAUGUAUUGUACAGGUUGCUGAAUAUUAUCCAGUUCUUAGCCAAACAGAAUCUGGCCUUCAGAGGACAUCGAGAAGACAUUCGAGGAGAUGAUAGUGGCAAUCGCGGGAACUUUCUAGAGUUAGUGCACCUCCUAGCUGAAUACGAUCCUCUUCUAAUGGAACACCUGACAAAGAUAAAGCUGGGAGCAAGAGUUACACCAGACAUCUCCCACAAUGACCAAAUGAGCCAAGUUCUGCGAUACGUACAUAUCGAAGGAGAAAAAGUCGCUGUGGUAGAAUCUUUCAUUGACUUCUUCCAACCAAAAGGAAAAAAUGCAGAAGAUCUCAGCAACGAUAUAAUCGCGAAGAUAACAUCAGACGGACUGGACAUACAGAAUCUGAGAGGACAGGCUUAUGACAAUGCUGCCACAAUAUGGAACGCUUUGGUUGCCGUCACAGGUCAAGCAGUGAAACGAGUCACUGAAACGCGUUGGAGCGCUAGACAUGUAGCUGUCAAGAUGCUUAAAAAUAAGUUUGAGGGAGUUCUUGAGGUACUGGAACAAUUAACAGAUUCAUCUCAAACUUCCGAAACAAGAUCGGGAGCCAGUCUUCUCCUGACAGCCAUGCAGUCAUUUAACUUCCUAACUUUUCUUGGCUUUUGGGCUGCAGUGCUACCUGAAGUAGAUGACGCACAGAUUUACCUGCAGCAACGAGGACUAAGUGUGGAUAAGUGUGCUCAGAAACUCUGCGCUUUGAAAACCCUCUUAGUGGAAAGUAGAGACCGUUUAGUGCAAGAAGCAAUUGACUUUGCUAAGACUCUUUGCGAAAAACUCGGAAUCGAACUCAAAACGAGAAGAAUUCGCAGGAAAAAACGCAUGCAUGGCGAUGAAUCUUCUGCAGAUGCAGCUUUGUCUCACGAGCAGGAAAUCCGUCGAGAGGUGUUCGCAUCAUUGGACAAGAUCAUUCAAGAAAUGACGACUCGAUUCCAGCAAAUUCAAGAAAUAUCGGACAAGUUCGGAUUUUUGAUGCCAGCAAAACUUUUGGACAGCAAGUUCGAGUGUGAUCUUUCCCAUGUAUUAGAAGACAUCGACAAGGACGAGUUUCAGAUGGAGCGGAAGCGUCUCCAGCAAUUUAUUGCCUGUUCUGAAUCAGAGGAAGAUAUAAGUGGUAAAGGACCACUGGAGCUCCUCCAGUUCAUUCAAAAACUGAAUCUCGGAAUUUCGGUUCCAAAUAUAGUCAUCUUGAUUCGUAUAUAUUUGACUUUGGCGAUUAGUGUGGCAAGCUGUGAGAGAAGUUUUUCGAAGUUGAAGCUAAUAAAAAAUUACCUCAGAUCUACUAUGAGCUCCGCUAGAUUAUCAAACUUGGCUAUAUUGUCGAUUGAACAAGAAUUGGCUGCUAAUAUUGAUUUUGACAAAGUUAUUUCUGACUUCGCUGCUCAUAAGGCUCGUAGAAUCCGCUUGUAA